AUGCCUGCAGAGCGCGCAGGAUACACCGUCACCAUGUUUCUCGUCGACGUCUCGCCGUCCAUGGGCAAGACCCGCGUCGUCGACGGCCCCGACGGCCCAAACGGCCUGACGCGCACAACCGAAAUGACCCACCUCGAGUGGGCACUGCAGUUCGUCAUGCUCAAGGUCCAGGAAAUGAUCUUCAAUGGAAGGAAGACAGACAAAUGCGGCGUCGUGCUCUUCGGCACGGAGGGCACCGACAACCUCAUACACGACACAAACGGUGGCUACGAGCACGUCUCGGAGUACAUCCAGAUCGCGCAGCCCAACGCAGGCACCCUCGCAAAGCUCGCCGCCCUCCGCCCCUCCGACGAAACCGUCGGUGACCCGAUCGACGCGCUCAUAGUCGGCGUCCACACCCAAGACAAGCACCUCGACGGCAAAAAAACGUGGACGAGGAAGGUCGUCCUCCUCACCGACGGCGACAACCCCAUCGAGAUCGAGGACUGGCAGGCCAUCGUCCAGAAGAUGUCCGCCCUCGACGUCAAGCUCACCGUAGUGGGCGUUGACUUUGACGACGAAGAGUUUGGCUUCGUGCAAGAGGACAAGUCCCAUAUCAAGCGCGAGAACGAGGCCUUCUUCCACAAGUUCGUCGACGCCCUGCCCAACGCCGUCAUGGGCACCCUCGAGUUUGCCCUCCAAGAAGUCACGAGGCCCGACAUCAAGCAGACAAAGUCCGCGCUUAUGGGUACCGUCCUCCGGCUGGGCGACCCGGACAACUACCCGAACGACUCCAUGGAGAUCCACGUCAAGUCGAGCAAGUGCACCGCCCUCGCGCGGCCCAAGAGCUGGAAGCGCUUUGCGAAGCGCGAGAUGACGGAGGAAGAAAGUAUGGACUUUGAGCGCGCCCGAGACGAGGGCGAAGACGAGGAAAAGACGAACGUGUUCGCGGAGCUCAAGAUGCGCUCGGAAUACGUCGUCGACACGAAUCCAAACAAGGCCGACGAGGCCGACGAGGACCAGGACGAAGAUGAGCACAAGGACGCGGAUGACGAGACUCACCACCUGGAAAAGAUCGAAAAGGAAGAGCUGGUGAGGGGGUUCAAGUACGGAGCCACUUACGUGCCGUGUCCGGACGGUCAAUUCAAACGACUGCCAACAAAGAAAGGCAUCGAGAUCUGCGGGUUCUUCAAGGCAGAUGGUUUCCGACGUGAACAAGCCAUGGGUGAGGUACAGUACCUGUGGGCAGAGCCCACCUCCGGGAAGGACCAGGUCGCGCUGUCUUCGCUGGUGCAAGCCAUGGAUAAGCACCAAAUGUACGCCGUGACCAAGUGGGUCUCCCGCGAGGGCAUGGACCCCAGGAUGGGCGUCCUCGCGCCCUGUCGCUUCGACAAAGUAGACUGCUUCCUCUGGGUGCAGAUGCCGUUCGCAGACGACAUUAGGAAGUACACCUUCCCGCCGCUCGAGAACCUGAUCAACAAGAAGGCCGAGCGCGUCGCGAAGCACCCGUACAUCCCCACCGACGAGCAGAUGGACGCCAUGGGCCACUUCGUCGACGCAAUGGACCUGAUGCAGGCCGGCGAGAAGGACGAAGAAGGAAACCGGGCGCCGUGGUUCGACACGCGCCUGUCCUACAACCCCGCGAUCCACCGCAUCAAGCAGGCGCUCUUCCACAGCGCGGUCGCCCAGGACCUCUCCUCCAACCCGCUCCCGCCCCCGCACCCCGAGCUCACGAAAUACUUCAACCCGCCAAAGCGCGCGCUCAAGCGCGCCCGCGACGCCAUCGACGACUGCAAGGCCGCGUUCCGCGUCAAAGAAGCCCCGAAGAAAGUCGCAAAGACGCGCAAGGACGGACACGUGCGCGCGCAGGGCAGCGACGACGACGCGUUGCUCCUCGACCGCGUCCCCAAGCUCGCGCGCGAGGCGACCCAGUCGCAGCGCGCCUUCGCCCCCGCCACCUCCACCGCCCGCGCGACCCGCAUCACGCUCAAGAAGAACGACGUCGACAGCGGCUCCGAGACCGGAUCAGACGACGACAGCGCAGAGCUCCUCCUCGGGCGCGCGCGGCGCCAGCUGCCGCUGCCGACGCCCGAGCCCGAGCCCACGCCCAAACUCGCGCCCAAAUCCGAGCCCGAGCCCGAGCCCGAGCAGGACGCAGAGUCGGACGCGGAGACCGACUACGGGCGCGAGCCUGGGCGGAUCGUCGGCACGCUGACGCCGCUGCGCGACUUCCGGCGGAACCUCGCGCGCGGGGACGUGGUGAGCAAGGCGGUGGAGGACAUGGGCUGGGCGGUGCGCGAGGUCGUGCUGCGCCCGUUCGCGGCGCGCCGGCGCGCGGAGGUGCUCGAGUGCAUGGCUGCGCUCAGGGAGGCGUGUCUGCUCGAGGACGAGAUCGAUGCCUGGAACAGCUUCCUCAAGGGCCUCCGCGAGGCGUGUCUGGCCGACCCUGGGAACCCCUCGUUCUGGCAGGAGAUCAGAAAGCAAGGCGCGAAGAUGAGCCUGAUUGGCAAGUCGGAGGCGAAGCGGCAGGGGGGCAGGUCGGAUGUCCCGGAUGACGUCGCGCACGAUGUGAGUCGUUUUUGA